AUCCGAUUCAAAGUACAGCUUCCCCUGGAUCCAGGGACCUGGGCCAAACUGUCAGCUUACAAGCGGUGCCAUGAUCUGUUUAAAUUUAGCAUCCGGUUUCAGAAGAAGAUCAACCGGGUCGUACUGUAAGCAUUGUUUAUAAAUGGUGUCGUAGCCAUGUCCAUAAAUGGUGUCUUAGAUUUAUCCAUAAAUGGGAUGUUAGCCUUGUCAAUAAGAGGUGUCUUAGCAUUGUCAUAAAUAGUGUCUUAGUUUUCUCCAUAAAUGGGGUGUUAGCUUUGUCCAUAAAUGGUAUCUAAGCAUUGUCCAUAAAUGGUGUCUAAGCAUUGUCCAUAAAUGGUGUCUUAACAUUGUCCAUAAAUGGUGUCUAAGCAUUGUCCAUAAAUGGUGUCUUAACAUUGUCCAUAAAUGGUGUCUUAGUUUUGUCCAUAAAUGGGGUCUUACCCUAGGCCAUAAAUGGAGUCUUAGCCUUGUCCAUAAAUGAGGUGUUAGCCUUGACCAUAAAUGAGGUUUUAGCCUUGACAUUAAAUGGGGCCUUAGCAUUUUCCAUAAAUGAUGUGUUAUCAUUGUCCAUAAAUGGUGCUUUAGCAUUGCCAUAAAUGGUGUCUUAGAGUUGUCCAUAAAUGGUGUCGUAGCAUUGCCCAAAAAUGGGGUCCUAGCGUUGUUCAUAAAUGAUGUCUUAGCAUUAUCCAUAAAUGGGGCCUUAGCCUUGUUUAUAAAUGGGUUCGUCAUUGUCCAUAAAUGAGUAUUUGCUUUUAUCAUAAAAUUGUUCAUAAAUAGGGGUCUUAGCGUUGUCCAUAAAUGAGGUCCUAGUCUUGUUCGUAAAUGUCGUUUUAGCCUUGUGCAUAAAUUGGGUCUUACCAUGGUCAAUAAAUGGGGUCUUACCAUGGUCAAUAAAUGGGGUCUUACUAUGGUCCAUAAAUGGGGUCUUAGUAAUUUCAUUAAUUUGAUUUAGAAAGGUUCAUUCACAUUCGUUAAUAAAUAUAAGAAUAGUUAUCUCUAAAUCAGGGGUAGCCAAACCAUGCCUCUCCACGUCAAAUAUUGUGGCCCACAGAUGUAACACAAAUGAACAGACUUAUUUCUUCAUUCAAUUAGAGAGUAUUGUCCUUCUUGCUAUUAACAUACAUUUAAAAUAUAUAUAUAUAGAAAGCACUUUUUGACACCGUAAUUUUCUUGCAUCGGCCAUUGUUCGUUUGAAUUUAAAAAUAGAUUCAAAUCAGUUAUCUUUUAUCUUACUGAAUGAUCGUUAAACAAUAUUACUAUUUGGAGACUAAUCAAAUAUAAAGAAUUAUCUAAACCUAUCCGGGUCAAAGGUCACCUCUAUUGCGUCCACGGUUUCUUAGUUUGGUAUUCGUUGGAGUGUAAUGACGUGAAACUUAUUCAGGAAUGAGCACACACACACAAUCAAACCUGCAUUUUAAAUGUGUCUUAACCUUCUCAUUAAUAAUAUAACCCUCAUCCACUAUCGCUUGGUAGAGUUCGGUUACCGUACUAGAUGUGAUCAAUCCAGCCUCACCUUCGUUGAUGAAAGUUGCCAUGACUGGCGCCUUUAAAAAAAAACUCUACAUAAUUAAACAACCCUAAAAAAAAAUUCUUAUAAAUCCUAUUGAUGCAUUUUGUAUUAUUUUAUUUUAUAUUAAUACUCCACUGUCGUCCCCCUCCUCGGUUUUACACAGCAGACUUAUCACAUUAACUAUUUUAGAAAAAAACAAAAGAAAAUAGUGUGCACCAAAUGCACGUGCGACAUAUUUUUUUUAAGAAUCUCAUUUAGCGCAAAUAUCGGGAAUUUUAUUCCGUGAAAUUGGUAGAAUUAUAUUUUUUUUCAUCUUCUCCUUGAAAAACAAGAAAAAAAAAUGUUUUGGGGGGGUUGGAUGUCGCUAAAAAUUUGAAAGAAAGGUUGGGUUGUUAUGGGCGGUCUAUUUGCCAAGUUUCAGCUCGAAAGCUUGACGGGAAGUGGGUUAAUAAGCCGUCCGUGAUUUUUGCCACAAACCCAAAUAGAAAGCGAAAAAAAGGGAAGUUAACAUAAAUGAUUAAAAAUAUAUAUUCAUGAACUUGACUUCGAUAAACCUACCAAAUUUUAUUUAUAAGAGUAUGAGUGUGGCUGCACAAAGGUAGUGUAGACAUCUGAGAAUUAUGUGCUUUAAGACAAAAAUAUAUUGAGUGCAUUUGGUAUUUAUUUUUUUUUAUUAGGUUUAAUGUUAUGGGGCUCAUGAAGAGUUGACUUGUGGCUACAGUGGCCCGAUAAGGGGCUCAAUCAAUAAAAGCAUCAAAAUUAAGUCCCUUUAUUGUAAGUGGCUGAAUCAACAAAAGCAUCAAAUUAAGUCCCUUUAUUGUAAGUGGCUGAAUCAAUAAAAGCAUCAGAUUAAGUCCCUUUAUUGUAAGUGGCUGAAUCAAUAAAAUCAUGAAUUUAGUCUCUUAAAGUAUUUUAUUGUUGCUCCUUCCAUUGUUUAGUUCCAGAACUCCAAGCAAAAAACUACGGCUCCAAACAGCGUAAGUCUUGACAAGUUGACAUCGUUUGCUAUGUUGACAUGUAGGCAUCUUGACAUAUUGACAUCGUUUGCUAUGUUGACAUGUAGGCAUCUUGACAUAUUGACAUCGUUUGCUAUGUUGACAUGUAGGCAUCUUGACAUAUUGACAUAUUGACAUCGUUUGCUAUGUUGACAUGUUGGCAUCUUGACAUAUUGACAUCGUUUGCUAUGUUGACAUUUAGGCAUCUUGACAUAUUGACAUCGUUUGCUAUGUUGACAUGUAGGCAUCUUGACAUAUUGACAUAUUGACAUCGUUUGCUAUGUUGACAUGUUGGCAUCUUGACAUAUUGACAUCGUUUGCUAUGUUGACAUGUAGGCAUCUUGACAUAUUGAAAUAUUGACAUUGUUUGCUCUGUCGACAUGUUGGCAUCUUGAUAUAUUGAAAUAAUGACAUCGUUUGCUAUGUUGAUAUGUUGGUAUCUUGACAUAUUGACAUAUUGACAUCGUUUGAUAUGUUGAUAUGUUGGUAUCUUGACAUAUUGAAAUGUUGACAUCGUUUACUAUGUUGAAAUGUUGGUCUCUUGACAAAUUGACAUUUUGACAUCGUUUGCUAUGUUGAUAUGUUGGCAUCUUGACAUAUUGAAAUGUUGACAUCGUUUACUAUGUUGAUAUGUUGGUCUCUGACAUAUUGACAUAUUGACAUCGUUUGCAAUGUUGAUUGUUGGUAUCUUGACAUAUUGACAUGUUGACAUCGUUUGCUAUGUUGAUAUGUUUGUAUCUUGGCAUAUUGACAUGUUGACAUCGUUUGCUAUGUUGACAUGUUUGCAUCUUGACAUGUUGACAUGGUUUGCUAUGUUGACAUGUUGGCAUCUUGACAUAUUGACAUGUUGACAUCGUUUGCUAUGUUGACAUGUUUGCAUCUUGACAAAUUGACAAGUUGACAUCGUUUGCUAUGUUGAUAUGUUGGUCUCUUGACAUAUUGACAUGUUGACAUCGUUUGCUAUAUUGAUAUGUUUGCAUCUUAACAUAUUGACAUGUUGACAUCGUUUACUUUGUUGAUAUGUUGGUAUCUUGACAUGUUAAAUGUUGACAUCGUUUGCUAUGUUGAUAUGUUGGCAUCUUGUCAUGUUGACCUGUCGACUUGGUGACAUGCAGGUCUCAAUUUUUUUGUCACAAGUAAGGUUAUUCUUUUCUUAAGAGAAAUAGUGGAACAAGAUAAGUCUAGGCCCUAGGAUAUAGUGGCUCUGUGGAGAAACAGGGCACAUAUGUCAAUAGUUGAACAAGAUAAGACUAGGUCCUAGGAUAUAGUGGCGCUGUGGAGAAAACAGGGCAGUUAUGUCAAUAGUUGAACAAGAUAAGACUAGGCCCUAGGAUUUAGUGGCGCUGUGGAGAUACAGGGCAGAUAUGUCAAUAGUUGAACAAGAUAAGCCUAGGCCCUAGAAUAUAGUGGCGCUGUGGAGAAAACAGGGCAGAUAUGUCAAUAGUUGAACAAGAUAAGCCUAGGCCCUAGGAUAUAGUGGCGCUGUGGAGAACAGGGCAGAUAUGUCAAUAGUUGAACAAGAUAAGACUAGGCCCUAGGAUUUAAUCUCGCUGUGGAGAAAAUAGGGCAGCUAUGUUAAGAGUUAAACAAGAUAAGCCAAGGCCAUACGAGAUAGUGGCACUGUGGAGAAACAGGGCCGAUAUGUCAAUAGUUGAACAAGAUAAGACUAGGCCCUAGGAUAUAGUGGCGCUGUGGAGUUUUGUCCCGUCUAUACAGUUAUCAACUUGUUCUAUUCUGAUCGCCCUAGGAUAUAGUGGCGCUGUGGAGAAAACAGGGCAGAUAUGUCAAUAGUUGAACAAGAUAAGACUAGGCCCUAGAAUAUAGUGGCUCUGUGGAGAAACAGGGCAGAUAUGUCAAUAGUUGAACAAGAUAAGACUAGGCCCUAGGAUAUAGUGGCGCUGUCGAGAAAACAGGGCAGAUAUGUCAAUAGUUGAACAAGAUAAGACUAGGUCCUAGGAUAUAGUGGCGCUGUGGAGAAAACAGGGCAGAUAUGUCAAUACUUGAACAAGAUAAGACUAGGCCCUAGGAUAUAGUGGCGCUGUGGAGAAAACAGGGCAGAUAUAUCAAUAGUUGAACAAGAUAAGCCUAGGCCCUAGGAUAUGGUGGCGCUGUGGAGAAACUGGGCAGAUAUGUCAAUAGUUGAACAAGAUAAGCCUAGGCCCUAGGAUAUAGUGGCGCUGUUGAGAAACAGGGCAGAUAUGUUAAUAGUUAAACAAGAUAAGAAUAGGCCCUACGAGAUAGUGGCGCUGUGGAGAAACAGGGCCGAUAUGUCAAUAGUUGAACAAGAUAAGACUAGGCCCUAGGAUAUAGUGGCGCUGUGGAGAAAACAGGGCAGAUAUGUCAAUAGUUGAACAAGAUAAGACUAGGCCCUAGGAUAUAGUGGCGCUGUCGAGAAAACAGGGCAGAUAUGUCAAUAGUUGAACAAGAUAAGACUAGGUCCUAGGAUAUAGUGGCGCUGUGGAGAAAACAGGGCAGAUAUGUCAAUAGUUGAACAAGAUAAGACUAGGUCCUAGGAUAUAGUGGCGCUGUGGAGAAAACAGGGCAGAUAUGUCAAUAGUUGAACAAGAUAAGCCUAGGCCCUAGGAUAUAGUGGCGCUGUGGAGAAACAGGGCAGAUAUGUCAAUAGUUAAACAAGAUAAGCCUAGGCUCUACGAGAUAGUGGCGCUGUGGAGAAACAGGGCCGAUAUCUCAAUAGUUGAAUAAGAUAAGACUAGGCCCUAUGAUAUAGUGGCGCUGUGGAUAAAACAGGGCAGAUAUGUCAAUAGUUGAACAAGAUAAGACUAGGCCCUAGGAUAUAGUGGCGCUGUGGAGAAAACAGGACAGAUAUGUCAAUAGUUGAACAAGAUAAGACUAAUCCCUAGGAUAUAGUGGCGCUGUCGAGAAAACUGGGCAGAUAUGUCAAUAGUUGAACAAGAUAAGACUAGGCCCUAGGUUAAUGUGGCGCUGUGGAGAAACAGGGCAGAUAUGUCAAUAGUUGAACAAGAUAAGCCUAGGCCCUAGGAUAUAGUGGCGCUGUGGAGAAACAGGGCAGAUAUGUCAAUAGUUAAACAAGAUAAGCCUAGGCUCUACGAGAUAGUGGCGCUGUGGAGAAACAGGGCCGAUAUCUCAAUAGUUGAAUAAGAUAAGACUAGGCCCUAUGAUAUAGUGGCGCUGUGGAUAAAACAGGGCAGAUAUGUCAAUAGUUGAACAAGAUAAGACUAGGCCCUAGGAUAUAGUGGCUCUGUAGAGAAACAGGGCAGAAAUGUCAAUAGUUGAACAAGAUAAGACUAGGCCCUAGGAUAUAGUGGCGUUGUCGAGAAAACUGGGCAGAUAUGUCAAUAGUUGAACAAGAUAAGACUAGGCCCUAGGAUAUAGUGGCGCUGUGGAGAAAACAGGGCAGAUAUGUCAAUAGUUGAACAAGAUAAGACUAAUCCCUAGGAUAUAGUGGCGCUGUCGAGAAAACUGGGCAGAUAUGUCAAUAGUUGAACAAGAUAAGACUAGGCCCUAGGUUAAUGUGGCGCUGUGGAGAAACAGGGCAGAUAUGUCAAUAGUUGAACAAGAUAAGCCUAGGCCCUAGGAUAUAGUGGCGCUGUGGAGAAACAGGGCAGAUAUGUCAAUAGUUAAACAAGAUAAGCCUAGGCUCUACGAGAUAGUGGCGCUGUGGAGAAACAGGGCCGAUAUCUCAAUAGUUGAAUAAGAUAAGACUAGGCCCUAUGAUAUAGUGGCGCUGUGGAUAAAACAGGGCAGAUAUGUCAAUAGUUGAACAAGAUAAGACUAGGCCCUAGGAUAUAGUGGCGCUGUGGAGAAAACAGGGCAGAUAUGUCAAUAGUUGAACAAGAUAAGACUAGGCCCUAGGAUAUAGUGGCGCUGUCGAGAAAACAGGGCAGAUAUGUCAAUAGUUGUACAAGAUAAGACUAGGUCCUAGGAUAUAGUGGCGCUGUGGAGAAAACAGGGCAGAUAUGUCAAUAGUUGAACAAGAUAAGACUAGGCCCUAGGAUAUAGUGGCGCUGUGGAGAAAACAGGGAAGAUAUGUCAAUAGUUGAACAAGAUAAGCCUAGGCCCUAGGAUAUAGUGGCGCUGUGGAGAAACAGGGCAGAUAUGUCAAUAGUUAAACAAGAUAAGCCUAGGCUCUACGAGAUAGUGGCGCUUUGGAGAAACAGGGCCGAUAUCUCAAUAGUUGAAUAAGAUAAGACUAGGCCCUAUGAUAUAGUGGCGCUGUGGAUAAAACAGGGCAGAUAUGUCAAUAGUUGAACAAGAUAAGACUAGGCCCUAUGAUAUAGUGGCGCUGUGGAGAAAACAGGACAGAUAUGUCAAUAGUUGAACAAGAUAAGACUAAUCCCUAGGAUAUAGUGGCGCUGUCGAGAAAACUGGGCAGAUAUGUCAAUAGUUGAACAAGAUAAGACUAGGCCCUAGGUUAAUGUGGCGCUGUGGAGAAACAGGGCAGAUAUGUCAAUAGUUGAACAAGAUAAGCCUAGGCCCUAGGAUAUAGUGGCGCUGUGGAGAAACAGGGCAGAUAUGUCAAUAGUUAAACAAGAUAAGCCUAGGCUCUACGAGAUAGUGGCGCUGUGGAGAAACAGGGCCGAUAUCUCAAUAGUUGAAUAAGAUAAGACUAGGCCCUAUGAUAUAGUGGCGCUGUGGAUAAAACAGGGCAGAUAUGUCAAUAGUUGAACAAGAUAAGACUAGGCCCUAGGAUAUAGUGGCGCUGUGGAGAAAACAGGGCAGAUAUGUCAAUAGUUGAAUAAGAUGAGACUAGGCCCUAUGAUAUAGUGGCGCUGUGGAGAAACAGGGCAGAUAUGUCAAUAGUUGAACAAGAUAAGACUAGGCCCUAGGAUAUAGUGGCGCUGUGGAGAAAACAGGGUAGAUAUGUCGAUAGUUGAACAAGAUAAGCAUAAGCCCUAUGAUAUAGUGGCGCUGUGGAGAACAGGGCAGAUAUGUCAAUAGUUGAACAAGAUAAGCCUAGGCCCUAGGAUAUAGUGGCACUGUGGAGAAACAGGGCAGAUAUGUCAAUAGUUGAACAAGAUAAGCCUAGGCCCUAGAAUAUAGUGGCGCUUCGGAGAAAACAGGGCACAUAUGUCAAUAGUAGAACAAGAUAAGCCUAGGCCCUAGGAUAUAGUGGCGCUGUGGAGAAACAGGGCGGAUAUGUCAAUAGUUGAACAAGAUAAGCCUAGGCCUUAGAAUAUAGUGGCGCUUUGGAGAAAACAGGGCAGAUAUGUCAAUAGUUGAACAAGAUAAGACUAGGCCCUAGGAUAUAGUGGCGCUUUGGAGAAAACAGGGCAGAUAUGUCAAUAUUUGAACAAGAUAAGACUAGGCCCUACGAGAUAGUGGCGCUGUGGAGAAACAGGGCCGAUAUGUCAAUUGUUGAAUAAGAUAAGACUAGGCCCUAUGAUAUAGUGGCGCUGUGGAGAAAAUAGGGCAGAUAUGUCAAUAGUUGAACAAGAUAAGACUAGGCCCUAGGAUAUAGUGGCUCUGUGGAGAAACAGGGCAGAUAUGUCAAUAGUUGAACAAGAUAAGACUAGGCCCUAGGAUAUAGUGGCGCUGUCGAGAAAACUGGGCAGAUAUGUCAAUAGUUGAACAAGAUAAGACUAGGCCCUAGGAUAUAGUGGCGCUGUGGAGAAACAGGGCAGAUAUGUCAAUAGUUGAACAAGAUAAGCCUAGGCCCUACGAGAUAGUGGCCCUGUGGAGAAACAGGGCCGAUAUGUCAAUAGUUGAACAAGAUAAGACUAGGCCCUAGGAUAUAGUGGCUCUGUGGAGAUACAGGGCAGAUAUGUCAAUAGUUGAACAAGAUAAGACUAGGCCCUAGGAUAUAGUGGCUCUGUGGAGAUACAGGGCAGAUAUGUCAAUAGUUGAACAAGAUAAGACUAGGCCCUAGAAUAUAGUGGCGCUGUGGAGAAAACAGGGUAGAUAUGUCGAUAGUUGAACAAGAUAAGCCUAAGCCCUAGGAUAUAGUGGCGCUGUGGAGAACAGAGCAGAUAUGUAAAUAGUUGAACAAGAUAAGACUAGGCCCUAGGAUAUAGUGGCACUGUGGAGAAACAGGGCAGAUAUGUCAAUAGUUGAACAAGAUAAGCCUAGGCCCUAGAAUAUAGUGGCGCUUUGGAGAAAACAGGGCACAUAUGUCAAUAGUAGAACAAGAUAAGCCUAGGCCCUAGGAUAUAGUGGCGCUGUGGAGAAACAGAGCGGAUAUGUCAAUAGUUGAACAAGAUAAGCCUAGGCCUUAGAAUAUAGUGGCGCUUUGGAGAAAACAGGGCAGAUAUGUCAAUAGUUGAACAAGAUAAGACUAGGCCCUAGGAUAGAGUGGCGCUGUGGAGAAGCAGGGCAGAUAUGUCAAUAGUUGAACAAGAUAAGACUAGGCCCUAGGAUAUAGUGGCGCUUUGGAGAAAACAGGGCAGAUAUGUCAAUAUUUGAACAAGAUAAGACUAGGCCCUACGAGAUAGUGGCGCUGUGGAGAAACAGGGCCGAUAUGUCAAUUGUUGAAUAAGAUAAGACUAGGCCCUAUGAUAUAGUGGCGCUGUGGAGAAAAUAGGGCAGAUAUGUCAAUAGUUGAACAAGAUAAGACUAGGCCCUAGGAUAUAGUGGCUCUGUGGAGAAACAGGGCAGAUAUGUCAAUAGUUGAACAAGAUAAGACUAGGCCCUAGGAUAUAGUGGCGCUGUCGAGAAAACUGGGCAGAUAUGUCAAUAGUUGAACAAGAUAAGACUAGGCCCUAGGAUAUAGUGGCGCUGUGGAGAAACAGGGCAGAUAUGUCAAUAGUUGAACAAGAUAAGCCUAGGCCCUACGAGAUAGUGGCCCUGUGGAGAAACAGGGCCGAUAUGUCAAUAGUUGAACAAGAUAAGACUAGGCCCUAGGAUAUAGUGGCUCUGUGGAGAUACAGGGCAGAUAUGUCAAUAGUUGAACAAGAUAAGACUAGGCCCUAGGAUAUAGUGGCUCUGUGGAGAUACAGGGCAGAUAUGUCAAUAGUUGAACAAGAUAAGACUAGGCCCUAGAAUAUAGUGGCGCUGUGGAGAAAACAGGGUAGAUAUGUCGAUAGUUGAACAAGAUAAGCCUAAGCCCUAGGAUAUAGUGGCGCUGUGGAGAACAGAGCAGAUAUGUAAAUAGUUGAACAAGAUAAGACUAGGCCCUAGGAUAUAGUGGCACUGUGGAGAAACAGGGCAGAUAUGUCAAUAGUUGAACAAGAUAAGCCUAGGCCCUAGAAUAUAGUGGCGCUUUGGAGAAAACAGGGCACAUAUGUCAAUAGUAGAACAAGAUAAGCCUAGGCCCUAGGAUAUAGUGGCGCUGUGGAGAAACAGGGCAGAUAUGUCAAUAGUUGAACAAGAUAAGCCUAGGCCCUAGGAUAUAGUGGCGCUUUGGAGAAAACAGGGCAGAUAUGUCAAUAUUUGAACAAGAUAAGACUAGGCGCUAGGAUAUAGUGGCGCUUUGGAGAAACAGGGCCGAUAUUUCAAUAGUUGAACAAGAUAAGACUAGGCCCUAGAGUAUAGUGGCGCUAUGGAGAAAACAGGGCAGAUAUGUCAAUAGUUGAACAAGAUAAGACUAGGCCCUAGGAUAUAGUGUCUCUGUAGAGAAACAGGGCAGAUAUGUCAAUAGUUGAACAAGAUAAGACUAGGCCCUAGGAUAUAGUGGCGCUGUCGAGAAAACUAAGCAGAUAUGUCAAUAGUUGAACAAGAUAAGACUAGGCCCUAGGUUAUAGUUGCGCUGUGGAGAAACAGCGCAGAUAUGUCAAUAGUUAAACAUGAUAAGCCUAGGCCCUAGAAUAUAGUGGCGCUGUGGAGAAAACAGGGCAGAUAUGUCAAUAGUUGAACAAGAUAAGCCUAGGCCCUAGGAUAUAGUGGCACUGUAGAGAAACAGGGCAGAUAUGUCAAUAGUUGAACAAGAUAAGCCUAGGCCCUAGAAUAUAGUGGCGCUGUGGAGAAAACAGGGCAGAUAUGUCAAUAGUUGAAAAAGAUAAGACUAGGCCCUAGAAUAUAGUGGCACUGUGGAGAAACAGGGCAGAUAUGUCAAUAGUUGAACAAGAUAAGACUAGGCCCUUGGAUAUAGUGGUGCUGUGGAGAAAACAGGGCAGAUAUGUCAAAAGUUGAACAAGAUAAGACUAGGCCCUAGGAUUUAGUGGCGCUGUGGAGAAACAGGGCAGAUAUGUCAUUAGUUGAACAAGAUAAGCCUAGGCCCUAGGAUAUAGUGGCGCUGUGGAGAAACAGGGCAGAUAUGUCAAUAGUUGAACAAGAUAAGCCUAGGCCCUAGGAUAUAGUGGUGCUGUGGAGAAACAGGGCAGAUAUGUCAAUAGUUGAAAAAGAUAAGACUAGGCCCUAGGAUAUAGUGGCGUUGUCGAGAAAACAGGGCAGAUAUGUCAAUAGUUGAACAAUAUAAGCCUAGGCCCUAGGAUAUAGUGGUGCUGUGGAGAAACAGGGCAGAUAUGUCAAUAGUUGAACAAGAUAAGACUAGGCCCUUGGAUAUAUUGGCGCUGUGGAGAAACAGGGCCGAUAUGUCAAUAGUUGAACAAGAUAAGCCUAGGCCCUAGGAUAUAGGGCCGCUUUGGAGAAACAGGGCAGAUAUGUCAAUAGUUGAACAAGAUAAGCCUAGGCCCUAGGAUAUAGUGGUGCUGUGGAGAAACAGGGCAGAUAUGUAAAUAGUUGAACAAGAUAAGACCAGCCCCUUGGAUAUAGUGGCACUGUGGAGAAAACAGGGCAGAUAUGUCAAUAGUUUAACAAGAUAAGACUAGGCCCUAGGAUUUAGUGGCGCUGUGGAGAAACAGGGCAGAUAUGUCAUUAGUUGAACAAGAUAAGCCUUGGCCCUAGGAUAUAGUGGCGCUGUGGAGAAACAGGGCAGAUAUGUCAAUAGUUGAACAAGAUAAGUCUAGGCCCUAGGAUAUAGUGGUGCUGUGGAGAAACAGGGCAGAUAUAUCAAUAGUUGAACAAGAUAAGCCUAGGCCCUAGAAUAUAGUGGCGCUGUGGAGAAAACAGGGCAGAUAUGUCAAUAGUUGAACAAGAUAAGACUAGGCCCUAGGAUAUAGUGGCACUGUGGAGAAACAGGGAAGAUAUGUAAAUAGUUGAACAAGAUAAGACUAGGCCCUUGGAUAUAGUGGCGCUGUGGAGAAACAGGGCCGAUAUGUCAAUAGUUUAACAAGAUAAGCCUAGGCCCUAGGAUAUGUGGCGCUGUGGAGAAACAGGGCAGAUAUGUCAAUAGUUGAACAAGAUAAGCCUAUGUCCUAGGAUAUAAUGGUGCUGUGGAGAAACGGGGCAGAUAUAUCAAUAGUUGAACAAGAUAAGCCUAGGCCCUAGGAUAUAGUGGCGCUGUGGAGAAAACAGGGCAGAUAUGUCAACAGAAAAAAUGAAAAAUGACACUUGAUGACAUUUGUUUGAUGAUAUUACUUUAAUGAGUCUUGUUUGAUGAGUUCUAUUUGAUUAAAUUUGUUUGAUGAUAUAUGUUUAUGAUAUUAGUUUAAUGAUAUUUUUAUGACAUUUUUGAUGACAUUUGUUUGAUGACAUUUGUUUGAUGACAUUUGUUUAUGAUAUUAGUUUAAUUACAUUUGUUUGAUGACAUUUGUUUUAUGAUAUUUGGUUGAAGAAAUAUGUUUGAUGAUACUUGUUUGAUGAGUUAUUUUUGAUGAUACUUGUUUUUUUUGUUCCUAAAUAUCUGUUGGAUAAUAUUUGUUGAUGCUAUUUGUUGAUGCUAUUUGUUGAUGCUAUUUGUUGAUGCUAUUUGUUGAUGCUAUUUGUUGAUGCUAUUUGUUGAUGCUAUUUGUUGAUGCUAUUUGUUUAUGCUAUUUGUUGAUGCUAUUUGUUGUGGCUAUUUGUUUAUGCUAUUUGUUUAUGCUAUUUGUUUAUGCUAUUUGUUUAUGCUAUUUGUUUAUGCUAUUUGUUGAUGCUAUUUGUUUAUGCUAUUUGUUGAUGCUAUUUGUUUAUGCUAUUUGUUUAUGCUAUUUGUUUAUGCUAUUUUUUUAUGCUAUUUGUUUAUGCUAUUUGUUUAUGCUAUUUGUUUAUGCUAUUUGUUUAUGCUAUUUGUUUAUGCUAUUUGUUUAUGCUAUUUGUUUAUGCUAUUUGUUUAUGCUAUUUGUUUAUGCUAUUCGUUUAUGCUAUUUGUUUAUGCUAUUUGUUCGAUUAAAUGUUUUUGAUUAAAUGUGUCCGAUGAUCUGACUUAAAAAUUAAAAUACCUGUUUUUCCCCCACAGACUCUCCCUGCCCAGCCUCCAACUGAAGCCCUCUUUACAACUGAGCAUGACAGAAGUGUCCCUGCCAGCAAGUCAAGACACCAAGAAGUCUGUGGUUCCCGCCAUACCAGAUGAGGAGGAGGAUCUGGAAAUUCAGGAGGCUCGUUUUGACGCCAUGUACUUUGACUAUGGUGAGCUGCUUCAUAUGACUAGAUAAUCCAAGUAUAUUUCCCUAAAAAUUACAUCGUAAUGACAGUGUUACCCUGAAAAGGACAUAUUAUGACGAUAGUAUCCUUAAAAUGAUAUUUAUUACUUAUAUUAUCCUGAAAUUGACAUCAUAUAACUAUUUUAUCCUGAAAAUAACAUAAUGUGACUAUUUUAUUAUAAAAAUGACAUUAUAUGACCAUUUUGAAAUUAAUGAUAUGUUGUGUGUUUUCAAUCUUCAAACAUGUAGGGGACAAGGUUCUGUGUAUAUCUUUAUGUUUAUUAAACGACGUCAUAAAUAAGAGCUAACCUAAUGUAUAUGUAUGCGUUCAAUUCGAACAAGUGUAAUGUCUCCUGGUGUCCAAGUCAAACAACUCUGUACUGUCUGCUGGUGUCCAAGUCCAACAAGUGUACUGUCUCCUGGUGUGCAAGUCAAAUAACUCUGUACUGUCUCCUGGUGUCCAAUUCAAAUAACUCUGUACUAUUCCGGUGUCCAAGUCAAAUAACUCAGUACUGUCUCCUGAUGUCCAAGUCCAACAAGUGUACUGUCUCCUGGUGUCCAAUUCCAACAACUGUGUACUGUCUCCUGGUGUCCAAUUCCAAGAACUGUGUACUGUCUCCUGGUGUCCAAUGCCAAAAACUGUGUACUGUCUCAUGGUGUCCAAUGCCAACAACUGUGUACUGUCUCCUGGUGUCCAAUGCCAAAAACUGUGUACUGUCUCCUGGUGUCCAAGUCCAACAACUGUGUACUGUCUCCUGGUGUCCAAUUCCAACAACUGUGUACUGUCUCCUGGUGUCCAAUUCCAAAAAGCGUUUCUAUAUUUUGGUUUUCAAUUUCCAAGAUCGCCGGGACGAAGAAGAGGAAGAAGAAUUGAAGCGGUUGUCUUAUCUUGACAGAACACAGCUUCGCUAUAUGAAGGCCUGUCAAGCCAUGC